AUGGUUGAUGGACUGCUUAAAGGCCUUGGCGUUUCUGAGGCUACAUUCACGAAUGGCGGUUAUCCCAUUCAUACACCUAUCGAUGGUAGUCAGAUCGCUUCCGUUACUUUAGAAGGCAAAGCUGCCGUCGCUAAGAAGAUCGAUCUUGCUCAUCAGGCCUUCUUGGCUUGGCGCGACGUACCGGCACCGCGUCGUGGUGAGUUGGUUAGGGUGUUCGGCGAGGUUCUGCGUAAGAACAAAGAUCAGCUGGGUGAAUUGGUGUCGGUCGAAACUGGCAAGAUCUUCCAGGAAGGUCUGGGCGAAGUUCAGGAAAUGAUCGACAUCUGCGAUUUCGCAGUUGGUUUGUCUCGUCAGCUGUAUGGUUUGACCAUCGCUUCUGAACGCCCGGGUCAUCACAUGCGUGAAACUUGGCAGCCUCUAGGCGUCGUUGGUGUUAUCAGCGCGUUUAACUUCCCUGCUGCAGUAUGGGCUUGGAACACUUCCCUAGCACUGGUAUGCGGCAACUCUGUGUUGUGGAAGCCGUCCGAGAAAACUCCUCUGACUGCCUUGGCAUGUCAGGCGCUUUUUGAGCAGGCACUGAAAAUUUUCGCUCAGGCUCCAGAAGGUCUUAGCCAGCUAAUCAUUGGUGAUCGUGAGGCUGGUGAAGUUCUCGUUGAUGAUCCACGCAUUCCGCUGAUUAGUGCUACGGGCAGUACUCGCAUGGGGCGUGAAGUAGGCCCACGAGUGGCAGCUCGUUUUGGUCGAAGCAUUCUCGAGCUCGGCGGCAACAACGCCAUGAUCCUGGCGCCUAGUGCAGACCUUGAUUUGGCAGUGCGUGGCAUCUUGUUCAGUGCUGUGGGUACCGCUGGUCAGCGCUGCACGACGCUGCGUCGUUUGAUCGUGCACCGCUCGAUCAAAGAUGAGGUUGUUGCUCGCGUGAAAGCGGCUUACGCCAAGGUGCGUAUCGGUGAUCCACGUAAGGACAAUCUGAUUGGGCCUUUGAUUGAUAAGCAUGCAUUCGAGUCGAUGCAAGGUGCUUUGAAUCAAGCGCGAGACGAAGGUGGUCAGGUCUUUGGUGGUGAGCGCCAGCUGCAGGAUCAGUAUCCAAAUGCCUAUUACGUCUCGCCGGCCAUUGUAGAAAUGCCAGGCCAGUCCGCAGUCGUUCGUCACGAGACCUUCGCACCGAUUCUGUACGUGUUGGCGUAUGACGAGUUUGAAGACGCGCUUCGUCUGAACAACGAGGUUCCGCAAGGCCUGUCGUCCUGCAUCUUCACUUUGGACGUUCGUGAAGCCGAGCGCUUCCAGAGCGCAUCCGGCAGUGAUUGCGGUAUCGCCAACGUCAACAUCGGCACAAGUGGUGCCGAAAUUGGCGGUGCAUUCGGCGGCGAGAAAGAAACCGGGGGCGGCCGUGAGUCUGGUUCGGACUCCUGGAAAGCCUACAUGCGUCGUCAGACCAAUACUGUUAACUAUUCUCGCGAGCUGCCACUGGCUCAGGGCAUCGUUUUCGAU